GGAAGGGCUGUGUAUUUUAUUGUGGUUGGUUUGACAGCGGUUUACUUGUACAGAGUUUGACAGUAGUAGUCUGUCUUAGCAGUUGUCUUCUGCCUGUCUUUCGCCUGCUGAGAGUCGGUAACUUUUGCCACCGUUCGAAUGCAAACGGAGUAACAACGAAACGGACAGCUUUAUGAGAGAAAUAUAGACAGCUUUGUAGUUAGCUAUUUGUUGCACGUCUUAAUGGACACUGUUCAGAAAUUGGUGUCUGGAUUUUCUCUGGACCUGGGACCGUUGAAAGAACCUCUUGGAUUCAUCCGUGUCCUAGAAUGGGUCUUCACCAUCUUUGCCUUUGCCACCACUGGAGGUUACUCUGGGACAACCCACCUUACAGUCUCAUGCACGGGAGCAUCGCCGGAAGACAUAAAGCCUGCGUUUGGCUACCCAUUCAGGUUGCCAGCACAACCAUAUAACAUGCCGACAUGCAACGGCACUCAAACCAAUACGACCUACCUGCAGGGCGACUUCUCCUCCUCGGCAGAGUUCUUUGUGUGCGUUGGUGUGUUUGGGUUCCUUUAUUGCACCGCCACACUGAUCCUCUACCUGGGCUACCAGAACGUCUACCGCCAGACCACCCGUGGUCCCAUCUUGGACCUGGUGCUGACCGCUGCCUUUGCCUUCUUGUGGCUCGUGUCGUCCUCAGCCUGGGGCAAAGGCCUGACUGAUGUCAAGUGGGCCACUAACCCCGAGCACCUAGCGGAGUCAUGCAAAGAUUUCUGCAAGCCAGGAGAUUUUCCUUCCAUGGGCCGCCUCAAUGCCUCUGUGAUAUUUGGCUUUUUGAACAUGAUCCUGUGGGCAGGGAACUGCUGGUUCAUUUACAAGGAGACUCCUUUCCACAAGGAUCCCAACCCACCAGCCACCAUGGAGGAAGGAGGGCCCCCUGAGCCCUAGCCACAUCACUAAGGCUCCUCAAGCAUAGCCCCAUGCCCACAGCACAAACGCUCUGUGCCCAACACUGGUCUCUAAUGUUAACUUGCAGAAAUGGAGAAAACAAAAGGAAGGCGAUUGUCCUAAAUACCCCCUAUACCUCCCAACACAUGUUGGAGCUAUUUUUCAGUUACGGGUCUUUUAGCUCAAGUUCACCAAGUCCCCAAGGACUGAGCAACCCUUUAUUUUCAUUUUAAAUCUGUCAUCACUGCAUGUACUUGGUGUUUAGAACAGCAGGCCUGCAGUGCAUUUGCUUCCACAUUAGCACACUGUCCUCCCUUGAUGUCUGCCCUUUCGGGAGCCACCUAGUGAUGAAAUUGUGAUGUAAGAACCCAGAAUGUCUACUAGUCUUCAGCCAGACAAAGCAAACAUCCCUCACACCCAGUAAAAGCAAGUGUUGCCAUAAAAAACAAAAUCUAUAAGCAAACUUUUUAAAUGGGAGCAAAUCCACCCCUGGGGUUCAGUCCAUUAAGUGCCUGCUCUUCUUCCAAUAUGUAAUCAGUAAGAGAAAAUGCUACAGAUCCCAAGUACUGUAUUUCUAAACAUGUAAGUCACUUCAAUUUCAAUAGAUGAGUCAUAGGAUGAGGGGCAAAAUAUGUUGAAUGCUCUUUUUCUCCAGUUAUAGCUACAGCUGAUACCAGAGCCCUGCUUUAUAAUUGGACUAAGCCAUGUGUUCUCUUGUUUUCUCAACUACCAUCUAACCAUUAAGGUAACCGCCAUGCCAUUUCCCCACCAAGGUUCUAAUCUACUGACACACACACACACACCCUUAAAUAUACUUUAUAACCACAUCGGUGUUGCAGUUUCAACACACUUGAAUUUAUUGCUCUUAAAAAGAAUACUAAGUAAAGAAAAGAAGAAAAAAAAUCACACUACAAUCUACUGCACUUCUCUGGCAAAGACUUUAGUUUUGAACGUGACAUUUUGCGUGAUGUUUCAGGUUGUUUGGGAUGGCGUUUUCUGCAGCCUUAUUUUCAGCCUGUAUACAGCUCAAGGCAGGUUCCCUACAGGUUUACUCUAGUGUCUGUUGUACAUGCCAUUACAGUGAAAGGGACUGAUAAAUGUCAGGCCAAACCUCAAAAUGUUAUCAUUUACACUACUCUUUAACACUAAGACUCAUUCUUUUGUUUGUGCGAUAUUUUGGGAAAGGUGACUUUAUUUAUAUACAGUUCAUUUGUAUUUUUAUCUACAUUAAUUGGUCCGUUUCAUAUUUUUAAAACCAAUGUUGGGUUUCGGUUUGUAUUUCCCAAAUGAUAAGUGUCAGUGUGCAGCUUCUCCUUGAUUUGUUUUGUAAUGUCAGAUCUGCUGUUGAAUGUGUUUAUCCACUGAGUAGCUUUAGGCCUAAUCGUGUGAUGAUAAAUAGUUUAACUAACAAAAGUGGCAAAGUGUGGUUGCCAGAUGUAUGUACUCUUUCUGUAUUUCUUAAUGCCCAUAUAUUUCUGCUCUACAUGUAACUUAACAGCCAUAGCCAUAGGUUUUGUAUUGAAUUCCUAAAGUCACUUUUGAUGACUCUUUUUCAUUGAUCAUUGCACUAAAAGGGAUCUAACGAUCUCCUUGAAGUAACUGUUUUGAGUUAUUGGGCCACCUGUGCAGUUGUUUUAUUUCCCCAACUUAGCCUCUGUAGGAAGGAAAUGAGAGGCUGCAAAUUAAACACAAUUUGUAAGAUGCUUUAUCAAUUUUAAAAGAUAAAUGUUAUCUCAACUAGAGCACAGUCAUGUAUGGGAUGUUUAUGUAAUUGGACUUCAGGUAUUUAAUUCCUUGUUUCUGCAGAAUGAAACCACGGUUUACUUGUAUUGAAGUGUAAAACAUGAGAGCUGG